AUGCUAACGAAAGGCUUAAAUCAAGACUACCUCAAUGAUUCUUCAUUAAAAGUGUUUUUUAGAUCUCACUGGAACUUCGUGUUCAUUGUGGUAAUAUCGAAUGAAACAAGUACGACAUGUGUAGAUGGAAAACUUGAAGAUGAUGGGCUUCUGCGCAUACAAAAAUUUUUCAACGACAUUUGGCAUACACACACCUUGAUAAAUGUCAUAAUGACAUUCCCUGUUUCUUGCCCCAACACAUACGUAAUUUAUGAUGGAAAACAGAAAACCAACGCAAGUUUAUAUGACAGAACCAUCAAGCUUGUUCAACCGAGAAGCUUUACUGAACUAUUUCAAUACAUUAGCGAUAGUGGAAAAGAAUUAUCGGAAGGGUAUCCCCUUAGAGCUGGGAUGUUUAACAGAUUUCCAACUUCUAUCACUAAAUGUGAUAAAAUUCACUAUUACGUGCCAUACAAUAAAGACAUUACCGAUGGUUUUUGCGGUUCCGAUGGAUUGAUAAUGCAGGAUACCUUGAAAUAUUUUAAAUUUAAUACUAUAUUUUCCAGGGAUAAGAAUUGCGAUAGAUACGGUUAUAUGAAUAGAGUUAAGGGUACAGUAACAGGGAGUCUCGGUUGCGUAAUCAAUGGCAAAAUAGAUAUUUCUUUUAAUUCAAGGUUCAUGGUACCCUAUACAGAUGAGCGGUUUAAUUAUAUAUAUUUUAUAUCGUACGAUUCUCUCUGUGCAGUCUUGUCGAUUCCAGAGGCACACCCUCUUUGGUAUUAUCCGCUUAACGAUUUGGACCUAAAGUCGUGGCUGUUAAUAUUAGCAAUUAUUUUCACUGUAGCUGUUGUGACUAAAAUUUUACAAUCAUCCAAGAAGGAUCUUAAAGAGAAAAAUAGUUUCAAAAUUUUAUUUUACGACUACUUCGCUUGCAUGCUACUCGGCUUUUCGUUGAGCCGUAAAUCAAACCACUGCAUUCUACGGGGAGGCUGCCUUUGUGCUUCAAUUGUCUUUUUGGCGAUUUAUCAAGGGCAUAUCAACUUUAGAUUCACUACGCUCACCAGAUACCCAAAAAUAAAAACUCUUCAGGAGUUAUAUGCCUCGAACAACGUUCUGUAUACUUCAGCGUCAGUCAGAGAUCUCUUAAGGCCACUAGAAAAUCCGAACAACACUAUGCAAGCAGCGUUUUUGAAGAAAACGAAACUUCAUCUGCCGACAGAUAUUGGUAGGCUGAUUCAAGCUAUGUAUCGUAGUAAGCUUAUGUUUUGUGUAAUACUCAAAAUUAAGGAUAGCGUGACGCUGGGCCGUAAAACUGACGUGAUCACUGAAAUAUCACUGAACUAUUUGUCCGACAAUGGAACGCCGUUGGUAUACCAGGUUGAUCAAUGUUUCGAUUCAUAUUAUUUAUCAUAUAUCUCGAAAUUCGGAUUUCCUUUCACGAAACAACUGCGAAUAUUUAUACAGCGAUUGCUGGAAGCGGGCCUGCCAAACGCGUAUUAUCGUUGGACAACACAAGCGUUAGGUCGUACGCAGAAAUGGACUGACCAAAAGGUCGAACCUCGAACUUUCUCGAAGAUAACAAUGCAAGAUCAACGCAUACCAUUCUGUUUGUUGCUCUUUGGAUACAUUGUGGCUACGAUUACGUUCGCUUUCGAGAAAUUCCGGUGA